AAAGUUGACAGAGAGAAGAGAAGAAGAAGCAUAAAGCAAGAUAUUAGGUGAUAGCUAGAUAUAUAAACAUGGGAGCAUAUAGAAUUAAUCCGGCGAGGUUUCAGAGAGUUGCGGCUGCGUUUGACGAGGGGGCCAGGGUGAGGCUGUGCGAGAGCAGCGGCAGCGAGCACUCGGCUGCGGCGGAGAGCGUUGCCGAUUUGUCUGACCUUGUUAAUUCUUUUAUUGAGCGAGGGAAUUAUAGUGGGGAUUCAAGGGAUGAUGGUGAGGAAAUCGAGAGGGAUUCGUUGGAGACGGAUGAAGAGGUAGAGGGUGGCUAUCGGUCUGAUUCGGAGACCAAGAAUACUCUACAACAGCUGCUUCAUACAAAUGGAGGUGGUGAUGAUGUGAAAGAAAACAUUGUUGCUGAGGUUGAACAUGCUUGCGGUGUAAUCGGGGAUAGGUUGGACAGAGAGUUCAAGAGGAAGCUGACGACUCAUUUGCGCCACAAGGGUUUUGAUGCUGGUCUCUGCAAGUCAAAGUGGGUAAAAUCCAGUCGGUUUCCAGCAGGGGACUACGAAUUUGUUGAUGUCAAUGUAAAUGGAACUCGUUACAUUGUCGAGCCAUUCUUCACCGGAGAAUUUGAAAUCGCCCGUCCCACUAGUCGAUACACAUCCUUACACAAUGUCUUGCCUCAAAUAUUCGUGGGAGAACUCGACGAGCUGAAGAAAAUUGUUAGGAUUAUGUGCGCAGCUAUUAAGAAGUCCAUGAAGAGUGUCGACAUGCCAAUGCCACCAUGGAGGAGAAAUGGGUACAUGCUAGCAAAGUGGUUUGGUUCCUAUAAGCGCACCACAAAUGCAGUUUCUUCUUCAACAAAGGCAUUCGAAUUCGAGGAGAGUUUCAGUGUAAAAAGAUCAGUUGGCUUCGAGGCUCUGCCCCCAAAGUCUUACUAUUGCAGAGACAGUUUUGCUACCAAGAAUGGAUUGAGAAUUGGGAACCUGACUGCCGCCUUUCAAUCCAAAGGCAUCGGCAUGGAGUUAUAG